GGCGGGCGCUGCCCUGUUCGUCGCGGGGCGCUGCCCUGUUCGUCGCGGGGCGCUGCCCUGUUCGUCGCGGGGCGCUGCCCUGUUCGUCGGUCACCUCGCGUCGCGUAGGCCCUCAGACCUGGUAAGAGUUUUGAAGUGUGACUUUGUGUAUCUGAUGAAUAAGACUUCUGGAUAGUGACUGCACAGGAUGGAACCGAUUUCGGAUGAUGAGAAACUUCUCAGACCAUCCUAUAUUUCUAGUAUUGAGCUGCCUCAAAGACCAGGACCAGUAAGUGUGGAAGAUCUUAAAGCAGAUCUCUCUGAUGAUUUUUCAUUGGUUUCUUCAAUUUCAGACACAAGCCAGAGGAACAGUUUGGAGUACAAAGGACACAUAGAAGUUUUCUUGCGUAUUAAGCCUCAUACGUCAUCGGAAAGAGAAAAUGAAUCACAGGGCUGCAUUUUAAUUGAAGACUCAAGAAGCAUCAUACUGAAGCCUCCCAAAAACAUUUUGAGUCGACUAAGUGAAAAAAGUGGUGGACACAUGGUACAGAAAUUCAGUUUUUCACGAGUAUUUAGACCUGAAACAACUCAAGAAGAAUUCUUUGAAAGUACCAUGAAGCAGCCAGUGCAAGAUUUCUUAGAUGGAUACAAUCGUCUUAUUUUUACGUAUGGUGUUACAAAUGCUGGAAAAACUUACACAUUCCAAGGGACAGAAGAUGACGUUGGUAUUCUGCCAAGGACUAUGGAUAUGUUGUUUAAAAGUAUUCAAGGAAAGCUGUACAGGGCAAUGGAUUUCAAACCCUAUCGAUGUAGAGAUUAUAUAAAACUGACUAAAGACCAAGUGAGAGAAGAAACUGCUAUUAAAAAUUCAAUACUUCGUCUGAUAAAAGAGGUAGACCACCAAAAUAGCACUAACAACAAAGCACCACUUCAUUAUAAGGGUGUUGAAGAAGUCUUAAAACCCUUGGAACAAUCUAGCACAACUGUGAAAAACAGCACAAAGUUUUCUGUUUGGGUUUCAUUUUUUGAGAUCUACAAUGAAUGUUUUUAUGAUCUACUUGUUCCUAUAUCAAAUGAUAAGAAAAGAAAACCACUACGCCUUGCUCAAGACAUCAAGGGAUUUUCUUAUGUAAAAGAUCUGCAAUGGGUUCAGAUUUCUGAUUCUAAAGAAGGUUUAAAACUUCUCAAACUGGGGUUGAAACACCAGAGUAUUGCAAGCACAAAACUAAAUACUUGCUCCAGCAGAAGUCACAGCAUAUUCACUGUCAAGUUACUAAAAAUUGAAGAUUCAGGAGUGCCUCAAGUGACCCAAGUCAAUGAAUUGUCAAUGUGUGAUCUUGCUGGUUCUGAAAGAUACACCAAGACCCGCAAUGAAGGUGACAGAUUGAAAGAGAGUGGAAAUAUCAACACCUCUCUCCUUAUUCUAGGCAAAUGUAUUAAUGCACUCAAGAACUGUCAACAGUCUAAGUUGCAGCAGCACGUACCCUUUCGAGAAAGUAAGUUGACUCAUUUCCUUCAAGGAUUCUUCAGUGGAAAGGGAAAGGUACAGAUGAUAGUAAACAUAAGCCAGUGUGCUUCAGCAUAUGAUGAAACACUCAACGUGCUUAAGUUCUCAGCCAUUGCACAAAAGGUUUUAGUGAUGGACACAUCUAUACCUCCUCAUGAUCAGUCAUGUAGCCAGAAGGCAUUACUUAGUGACACUAAAAUGCCACUCCCAAGGAAAAGAGUUACUAUCCUAUGGGACAGGAGCUUAGCAGAUGUGAUGGAAGAUGAUGGCGAGAUGGAGGAAGAACAUAAUGUGUCAAAAGAAACAGACCAGACACAUGAAGAAAAUGAAGUUCUUAUUGAAAAAGAAAAAUACAUGAAGAUGGUGGGUCUCAUAGAAGACUUGAAGAACAGACUUAUUAACGAAAAGAAGAAUAAACUCCUGCUGGAACUAAAAAUUCGCGAAGAAGUGAUACAAGAAAUCACUCAACAUUUUGCUGAGCAGGAAAUAGAUGUCAGAAAGUGCCUUUCUCGGGAACGUGAACGACUUGAAGAUAAUUCUGAAAGACGUCUGGAAAUCUUCAAGGAACUUGUAAAGGAUACUAAAAAUGCAGCUGAAGAAAAUGAAUCGAAGGAUCAGGCUUGCAGUGAACAAGCCAAACCUCUGGAUGAAGAAUACAGAAGUGGGACCAACACCUAUGUUGAUUUUUUAGACAUUAUUGAUUCCCUGCAGGAUGAUGUCGCUGAUAUCAAAAAGCAGGCAGCAGAAGCACACAGUUCCAUUGCGGCCCUAGAAGACCCACAGAGAUCCAUAGGUUGGCUUGAAGAACAACUGGGAAAAAUUACCACUGAACUAACUAAUACCAAAGAAGAGCUGGCAAAGAAAACCAAUCAGCUAAUCAAAACUGAAGAAGAGCUGACACAGAAAACAAAAGACUUUGAAGCUCAAAUGAUUAAAUUGGAUGAAUCUGCUAAGCAACUUAAGGAAGCAACCCAGAAAAUGAAUACACAGAAUAAAAGAAUUGAGGAAUUGAUGGACAUUGUGGAACAAAAAGAUGAUGCUAUUAUACAACUACAAGAUUUAAUAUCCCAUUUAGAAGAAACACUAUACGACUAUGAAAACACUGUAACUGCCAUGAAAAGAGAUUUGGAAGAAAAAAACUCUAAUGGACUGACUGAAAGUAGCCAAUUCAAGGCUUGUGAGGAAACUAUGUUGGAAGUGGGAAGAAAACGUUGCUUUGAAAAUGAGCCUACUGUGGAAGAAGAGCCACCUACAAAGAAAGGACAUACAAAGCACAGUCGGGAAGGGGACUCUCCAGAGCAAAAGAGAACUGAAGAAUAUCUGGAAACAAGUACUUCUGACAACUACCCAGAAAUACAAGCACUGAAGGAAAGAACUGAAGCUUUAGAAGGUCAGCUAGCUGCACUUGAAGAACAAUGCAGAAGAGAAAAAAAUGAAAAAGAAGAGCUCAGUGAGCAGAUAAUGUACUUGUGUCUCAAGCUCUCUGCUUCUGAUGAAAGCGCUUCUAGCUUAAAUGAAGAACUCCAGCAAUGUCUAGACAGCUAUCAGGAAAUUGUUUCUGAAUUGGACGAACAAAAAAGUAUAAAUAGGGAUCAAGAAUUAAAGAUUACUCAACUAAAUAAUGAAGUAGAAAGUGCCAAACAAAAGAUAAUUGAUAAAGUGUCACAAAUUAAAACAUUGCAUUCCAAAGUAGAUGAGCUGUGUAAACGUCAGUUUGAGUCCUAUGCUAUGGAUCUUGAUUUACCUGAUCUAAAGGAUGCCUCUGACACUCAAGAAGCUGAACCAGAGCGAGCUCAAAUGAGUCCUGUGUGCAUGCAGUCCCAAAGUACUUCUACAGCAGAUCUGAGACAAGAGAGCUUUCAAUGCAUUGUUGAAAGCAUUUGGGAAGAAUGCAAAAAUAUUAUUAAGGUUUCCUCACAAAAAAGUCAGCGGAUUCAAGAACUACUACAACAAGUUGAAGACUUAAAGAAGGGACUUAAUGACGCUCAGAAUUACAAUAAUGAACUAAAAAUAAAAUUAAAUGAGAUUCCAGAUCAAGAUCAUCAGUCUGUGAAGGAAAAAUAUCUUGUGAAUGAGUUACAAGAGGAAGUUCAGAAGAAAAUGAAGGAUCUUGAAAAACAGGCUGCCGAAGAUCACAGGCUAAUCACACAGUUUGAGGAGGACAUUACCCAGUACAAGGGAAAAAUAAGAGAUCUUGAAUGCCUCCUGGAGGCUUCUAGAGCUAAAGAUGACAGGAUAAAAGAGUUAGAAGUACUACUUAAAGAAAAAGAAUCUGUUAUUUUAAAACUAGAAAAUAAUACAGUAGCUCUGCAAGAGAAAUGUGCUAAUUCAGACAGAAAACUGAAAGAAUUAAAUGACCAAGAAGCAAAUCUGAAGGAAGAAGUUGCACAGUUGAUGAACAGCUUGGAAAACAUGAAACAGACUAUGCAGGAAAAGGAGAAAAAUGAAGAGAAGCAAAUACAGUCUGUAGAAUUGCUACGGAAAGAUCUUUCUGAGAGCUCUGCCCUUGUACAGACUUUGAAAAAAGAUUUACAGAGGAAAGAGGAAGAAUAUAUGGAUCUCAAAGAGAAAUUUUCUGAUGCCAAGAAACAAAUUCAGCAAGUACGAAAAGAGGUCUGUACCAUGCAACGUGAGGAGAAAUCCCUGAGGAACAAAGUUGAUGAACUACAGAGAACUAAAAAGAAGAUUAGUGAAGAAUUAGAGAUUAAAAAGCGCACAAUCCUGCAGCUUCAGAAGGAACACUUGAAUAAUGAGAAGCUGGAAGAAAUCUCCAAACAGUAUGAGAAAACAUACAAAGAUCUGCUUUCAAAGGAAAAAAUAAUUCAAGAUAUGCGGAUGACAUUAGAGGAACAAGAACAGACUCAGGCUGAACAAGAUGGAGUGCUGGAAGCAAAAUUAGAGGAGACCAACAGAUUAGCUUUGGAACUGGAAGCAUGGAAAGAGAAAUAUGAAGAACUGAAGAAACAUACUGAUGAUGACUGGAAACAAGAGAGGAGCACAAAUGAGGAGAAAAUAAAUGAAAAUGAGAAAUUAAUAAAGUUGCAAAAAGAACUGAAGGAAAAUGAGGCAAAGUAUGAAAAUGAUAGAAAAAAGUGGCUGAAGGAAAAAAUGGAGCUCAUAAAUCAAGUAAAAGAAGCUGAGGCCUAUUGCAACAGAGAAAUAAGAAAAUCUGUGGAGGACAGAGAAUGUCAUGAAAAACAACAAGCAGAAAUUGAAAGACUUGGUGCACAGCUGGUAGAAAAGGAGAGCAAUCUUCAGAAGUGGCGUGAAGAAAGAGAUAGAUUAGUAGAAGCUUUGGAAGUGCAGCUCAAGACUUUGGCUUCCAACAUAAUACAAAAAGAUAAAGAAAUAGCAGAAUUGAAACAGGCUACACGAGAGGAUUCAAAAAAGGAUAAGGCAACUGAUACAGAAGAACUAAGGAAAGAGCUGGCUGAGAAAGAUGACUUACAGGAAUUGAAGCAGCACAUUAAUGACACAAAUCUUCAGCCUUUGGCCGAAGUACCUGAAGAACAAAAUAAAAUAGAUCAGUCUAUAAACAAAGAGGACCAUUCAGAAAUUGUCCUUGAUUCCUCUGAAGUGUCCACAGAAAAUGGAAAAACUAGUCGGUUCCCAAAACCAGAGAUGGAAAUCCAGUUCACACCUCUGCAACCUAAUCAGGUGGAGGUGAAACACCAGGGUAGCACCUUACCAGUUACAGUGAGAAUGCCAAGGCAAAGACAGAAAAGGAAGAGUGAAGAGAUGGAUGAGGAUUUUGUGGGAAGUGAGAAUAAGAAGAAUGCAAAAAUUGCUGUGACUAAUUCUCCUUCUACAAGCAACAAGGAAAUGAUGUCUACUACACAGUCAUUUAGAAAAAAAUACUUCUUGAGAAAUCAAGCAUCUACUUCAAGUAAUAAGUCAGCGAAAAAGAAAGAUGGAACACUACAGAAAAUUGGAGAGUUUUUUCAAAAUUCUCCUACUAUUAUUCACUCUAAAGCAAAGAAGCUGAUUGCAACAAUCAGCUCACCCAAGCCUGCAGAACCAGAAAUCAUCAAAGAAAAUGAGCAUAAACCAAAACGACCUAAGAGAAAACUGUAUUCAGCUGACAUUUCUUACCCUCUAGAUAUCCCUGCUUCUUCAAUCUUAAUAGAACAAAAAGAGAAGGAAAGCGAUCAUCAAAUCAUCAAGCGACGGCUACGGUAAAAACAGCCAAGUAAUCUUGCAAAAGCUUGUUUGUAUUUCUUGUUUAGGGCAUGUUUGUGUUUUAUUGUUUGUUAUAUAUGAUUGUUGUUGAUGUUAUAUUGGAAGUAAGAGAUUCUUGAUGUUCCC